GCAGACCGUUGGCGCACUCUAUCUAAUAGUCGCUGAAAGUAAUGUGAUACAGUGAUCUCGGAUUUAUUUUUUAUAAUAUCAAGUAAAUAUAUCAAAUUGGACAUGUCACCGAUAUUUGUUUUGAUGGUGCUGCUCUCAGCAAGCAGUUUGUCAACAUCAAAAGAAGUAUCUGAAAAGUCCAAAGUAUCCAAACUUCUUGCCACUGAAGGAAUCAAGAAUGAGGCCAUUUCUGACAAGGGCGUGAAGAGACACAUCCCAUCGUAUGGAGGCGGCCACUCCAUCGGAUUCUCGUCACCAGGAAUUAGUCUGGGACACUCGAUCGGAUACUCCGGAGGCGGUAUUGGAAUAUCUUCUGGAGGUUUUGGCGGUGGGAUCGGUGGAAUUAGUCUAGGGGGUGGUCUAGGAGGUGGCCUGGGAGGUGGUCUGGGAGGUGGUCUGGGAGGAGGAUUCGCUGCAGGACCGGCUGUCGCAACUGUCGCGGCUCCCGCAGUGUCUACCAUCGCAGCAGCACCGGUAGCGGUCGCCGCAGCUGCGCCCGUGGCCGUAGCUCCAGCAGUACAAACAUCAGUGAACAUAGAGCCCAACCCUGUGAUCCUUCGCCAGGAGGUACCGCGCUACAUCACCAGGACCAUCACCCGCGACGUGCAGGUGCCCGUGCAGGUCCCCGUGCCGGUCCCUGUGGACCGUCAAGUGCCUGUCCCCGUGAGAGUUCCCGUACCCGUGACUGUGGACAGACCUGUACCUUAUCCAGUCGUGCAGAAAGUCCCCGUGGAGGUUACAAGGCAGGUGCCUGUGUACUACGAGAGGAAAGUGCCAUACCCUGUGAAGGUUCCCGUGAAUGUGCCUGUUCCAUACCCUGUGACUGUCGAAAAGCAAGUGCCAGUAGACAGGCCGGUGUACGUGGACCGUCAGGUGCCAGUGCCACACCCUGUGUACGUAGACCGACCCGUGCCAGUUCAGGUACCCGUGCAGGUAGACAGACCGGUGCCUGUCCCCCAGCCUGUGGUAGUAGACAGACCGGUACCAGUGCCACAACCCGUCGUAGUUGAGAGGAGAGUCCCCGUACCAGCAGUGGCUGCUGUCCAAGCUGUAUCUGCAGUUCCAGUAGCAUCGUCUCUAUCUUCUGUGGCUCUGGGUGCUGGUUCUGUCGGUCUUGGUGGGAUUUCGGGUGGUAUCAGCAUUGCCGGUGGUAUUCCAAUUUCUGGAGGUUAUGGUGGCGGAUAUGGCGGCGGAUAUGGCGGUGGCUACGGUAUCUCGUCAGGCUAUGGAAGCUAUGGAGGAGGUUUCUCCAAGACAAUUUCGUACAACAGCAUUGGUCACCACUAAUAUGUUAUAAUCAGGUGUAUUCAGUGCAUUAUAUCUUUGUAAUUAAAGUUAUUUUACCAGU